AUGGGCUUCGUAAGGUGCACUGCUUCGCGUUACAAAUUUGGUGCGCAUGUUAGUGGUGCGGGCGGGAUUUCCAACAGCGUGGUGAAUGCACAUCGCAUAGGCUGUAAUGCGUUUGCGAUGUUCCUCAAGUCCCCAAAGCAGUGGGUUUCAAAAGCAUACAGCGCCGAGGAGAUAAAACGGUUCCACGACAACUGCGAGGAGCUGGGCUACAACCCACGGACAGACGUGCUUCCGCACGGGCUGUACUUCAUCAAUCUGGCCAACCCGGACCGCGAGAAGGCCGAGAAGGCGUACGGGGCCUUCCUGGACGACCUGCAGCGCUGCGAACAGCUGGGUAUUGGGCUAUACAACUUCCACCCGGGGUCGGCCCUGAAGGGCGAGUAUGAUGCACAGCUCCGGCAGCUGGCCAUGUAUAUAAACCGGGCCAUCUCGGAGACCAAGUUUGUGAAGAUCGUGCUGGAAAACAUGGCCGGGCAUGGCAACAUCAUCGGCUCCAAGCUGGAGGACCUGCGCACGGUCAUCGACCUGGUGGAGCAGAAGGACCGGGUGGGUGUGUGCGUCGACACGUGCCACACCUUUGCCGCAGGGUACGAUAUCCGCAGCCGUGCAGCGUUUGACUCGUUCUGGGACAAGUUCCGCACAACUUUGGGCAUGCAGUACCUUGCCAGCAUGCAUAUCAACGACUCCAAGGCCCCCCUGGCCGCCAACGCAGACCGCCACGAGCUGCUCGGCCAGGGCUUUCUCGGCCUCGAGGCAUUCCGCCUCAUUGCUCGCUCCGACUUCCUCCAGAACAUCCCGAUAAUCCUGGAGACACCGCAAAAGGAGGACGACGGUUACGGCGAGGAGAUCAAGAUGCUCGAGUGGCUCGAGGGCGUCGACGACGAGGCUGCCUUGCAACAGGAAUACAAAGACAAAUGCGCUGAGUUGCAACAGCGCGGCGCGAAGUCGCGCCAGGAGUUUGCAGCGAAGUUCGAGAAGAAGAAGGCGAAGGCGGAGAAGGCCACCGGAUCCAGGAAGCGUGCCGCCGGCCAAGCUGACAUCGUGUCACAGAUGGGCCGUAAAGCUGCCCGGAAGGGCUAG